AGCAAACUGAUCUGUGAUUGCAGCUCAGCGCCAACGUUUGCCUUGGCGAGGGCAAGGGGGUAAGGAGCCCUCCCCACCUCUCCACUGGCCACCAAGCCCUCCUCCGAGGGCUUCCCUGGAGAAGACGUCUGUUGUUUGGUUGUUCCCUAUGGGGGUCUUCUCCAGAAGUGAAGCUGGUAAGUACGAAGGCUGCCAGGAACUUCUCAGAUCACCCCUGCACCCCGCUCCCCCAUGCCGCCCAACUCUGCUUCAAAAGCCAGGCCAGAUUUUUCUUCAGUCCUCUGUAAAAGAACCAGUCCAGAUUUCCAGUGGUGUAUAAGUUCACCAGCUCCUGCUCCUCACCUUCUCCUCCAUGGUACAUCCCACAGUACGGUGCAUCACACUUUUUUCCAUGGCAACCAUUUGUGAAGUCACCAGAGAAGCUACAUGACAUCAGAACCUGCCUGUGGAUAUUGCUGCCUCAGGAAUGUCAUUGAGCCCAAAAUCUUCUGCGGGGCUCAGCAGGAGAGAGGAGCUGUUGGUAAGGAAAAGCCUGUCUGCAGCUGCAAUACAUUGGGUAAAAGGACUUUAAAAGCCCCAGGGACACUCCUGGAGCCUUCCUCUGCUGCAUGGAACUGUUCUGCGUCCCCUGCCACACGUGCACUGGGGUGUGAGCAUGCCCUCCAGGGAGGUGACGUACUGUGAAGAAUGUGCCAGUGAGAACCAGCCUGAGAUUGCAAGGCCUUUUUUUGCUGUAACCGAGAAUGAGGCUCCCUUUCAGAGUGGGUCAACAAAAGAGCCCUUCUGGCUGAUGAGAAGCUCCAUCCUGGCAUCGGAAGAUGCUUCCUGUCUGCCAUCGCCCCUGGAGAUCAGGCAUUUCAGGUAGGGACCAAGUAUGUUUGGUAUAAUUGGUGGGUUUGGGACAGGGCCCUGACCCUUCUCUUGCUAAGACUCUGUUUUCAGUUGCUUGUAACUUCAUCCUAUUUAAAUCCAUUUAACUUUUUGUCCUGGGAGCCCCAACAUAGUCCAGCUCUCGCAGAUAGCAAGGAGAGCAGAAGGGGCGGUGGCUUUUUUUUUUAUGAUUUCUUUUUUUAGAUCAUCUCUUUUCUGUGACUGGUUUUCCUGCUUUGGACUGGGCCCUUGGAAGUCACCCAGAAAAGUUUGGAACCUCUAUAAAAUCUCAGUUUGCACAUUCGCAGUAGAAGCUCAGACAUUUGGAAGUGAAUUCCCUGAAGCAAGGUGUAAGGUGUCAGAUUUGUGCCAAAGGCUGCCCCAGCUGUAUGUGGGUUCCUAGUCAUCCAGGCUGGGGAAUCCAAGAAGGGUGGAUGUGAUGCUGCCCAUGUGAUUCACUUUUGUGCCAUGGGCUUUAGAAACUGGUGUCCUGUAACCACACUAGCUCAAUUAAGCCCUUGUGUGUUUUGACCUUUGACCUUAGAAGUCCCUGGAGAUCCCAUCCCACUGGGCAGACUCCCACCAGCCUCUGAGCAGCCCAAUGCAGUGCUGGGGUAGGGAGUAUUUUGCUAGGGUUUGGAAACCUCUCUCUUCUGUGCUGAAACUAAUACCACUAUUGCAGCCCAGGCAUGUGGGAAAGGAGCUGCUUGAUUUGAAUGCAAAGCGGGACAAGAAGUGGGGGACACUGAGGGGAUGGGAGUAGACCAUGAGAAAGAACUUAGGGAUCACACGGUGGGGGUCGCUGGGAAUGGGGUGGAGGGAGAGGCUGGGACUGGGAAGCAGUGAUGUCAGCACAACAGAGCUGGAGGGGGAAGACUGAGCUGAUGAGCAUGGGCACUGGCUGGGAACCUGAGGCACUGAAAUUGGACUAGGUAGGCAUCAGUGCCAGGCUACAGGCUGGAAUCCCUGGGGCUUUUUUACAUCCUGGUCUGGUUUUUUUAAAAUUUUAUUUUAAAACCUCUGGUUGCUGCUCUGAGUAAGGUCACAUAGCAGAGGCAGGGAAAGGACCCAGGCGUCCUGAAUCCCAGCCCAGCAUUCCACCCACUAGACCGCACGGUGGAAAGCGCUUUUGCUUUAUUUUCCGUAACGGAUCUGGGUGAAAGGGAGGCGGAUUUGGAUUGCUGGAUGCCUUGCUUGGGUAAAUAUUUUGCUGUAACCACAGCUUCUGGAACCCAGCCAUUUAAAGCAGUUGGCUCACCUAGAAAUCCCUGAGCCUGAGCCAGCUCAGCCCUGCUGCUCACGUCACCCAGCAUCCUCCUUAUCAGAGCCAGGCUAAAGGUUUGUAAUGACACCUGCCAGUGACGAGCUGGGUUUCCCAGCCAACCAGAGCCAUCUAUCUAAAGGACUCCUAGAACCAGCCAGUCACCUAUUACUGUAGGAUCUGGAUGCUGCGCAGUCUGUAAUCCAUUUGUCCUCACACUAUUCCUGUGAGGCAGGUAGUGCUAUAAUCCCUACUAUGCAGUUGGGCACUGGAGACUUUUUUUCGCAGAGACCAAGUGACCCGCCCAAGGUUACACAGGGAGCCAGUGGCAGAGGUACAAUAGGGCCACAAACUGUCGUGGGUAUUGGUUUAUCCAGUGCUCCACUGACAUGCCCUGUCUGCAUUAGGAUGAUACUGUGUGGUACUUAGUUGGCAUGGGGUAAAACCAACCUUUUUCUGUUGGAGAAAACAAGGCCAAAGCUGAACUCUUAUGGAAAAGAACAUAAGACUGAUGGGGUUGACAGGUAAGUCGGGGAAAAUAAUUAGAUCCCUUUUUGUGUCUAAUAUCAGUUUGAAAUAAGUGUCAGAGACUUGUGUUAUGUAGCACAGCGUUGGUAUGAUGAGAGGUGCUGCUGGUCGUUCUCAAAAGCAGGCUGGGUGCUGGAUUUUAUCUUCCACCAAACAAAAUCAGAUUUGGUUGCAGAACAAUUUGAUUUUUUUCACUGAAAAAUCAGAAAAUUAUCUGCCUCCUACCCCCAAGAACUCAAAACUGUCAAUAUUUUGCAAGUGAAGAAGAAAAUAUUGAUGAAAAUGGGACCUUUUAUAAGCAAAUUGGCAUUUUGUCCAAUAAAUGUGGAAACGGAGUCCUAACCUCUUGGCUGGUGUCUGUUAGAGAAGUUAAUGCAGCCAUAUUAGUUCAUACCAGCUAAGGGACCCAAGCCAUAGAUUUUUGGAUUGAGCGCUUUGGAAAGAACAUAGGCACAGCUGGCAAACCCUGCUGAGAGUGUCUGAAGGCUGACCUUUUGCCUAUAAACUGCAGGCCUUCGGCACAGGAACUUUCUCUCUGCUCUGUUCAUGCAGCACCUAGCACUCUGGUAUCUUGGGCCAGCACUGGGCUUCCCAGAUGAUACAUCCAUGAAAGGUGUAAAGGUGCGUGUGGAUUCAUGAGCCAAAAGCACCUGUUCCUUUUAUCUAGUCUGACCUGCAUCACAAUGGCUGGAGGAACUCGCCCAGUGCUUCUCUGCAGCAGAGAGAAUUAUUCUUCUCUGCCACAUAAGUGAUGCUCACAAGUCAAGUAACUUGAGCAGAUCUUGUAAAACAGCCUUCCCAUCUCACUUGAAAGACUUCAGAUGAAAGGAUCUUAAAUAACUGCAAAUCCCAUCGGUGGCUCUUAUCUAGAUCCAUGUGAGGUAAUCAAAGUUUUAACAGCAAAGUUGGAGUACAUCUGCUUCAUGUGGCACGAGUCGUUCCUAACUACCGAGUUGUGUGGGCUGGCGAAAACUUCCAAAAGAAACGUUUUCCCAUCAGGAAAUGGGCUUUGGCCAAAACUAUUUCUAGAUUUCUUUUCCCAUGGAAAGGGUUUUGAUUUGGGUGGAACUUUCCGACAGGACAAUCGAAAAGAGAACUAUAGUUUUGUGGGGGUCGACAUUGUUCCCUGUGCCUGCCAGAGCCAUCAUGAUGCAGCAUGACAGUUGUAGUUUGAACCCCAUUGUGCCUUCAUAUUCCCUUAUAGGUCCUGCCAUCUGCUUGGACUACAUCUCCCAUGACACCUCCCAUGGAUGAGUUCCCAUAUUACAUUAUGGACAUCCUAGACCCAAAUGAAACAAAGAUAUUUCUUAACCAUAUUCUUUUUCUUACCAUUUUAUUCUGAAAUGGAUUCUAAUAUUGUCACUUCUUGUUCUGAUUUGGGGGACAAAAGCAAACGGGAAUGUCACAUGGCCUACAGGACAUACAGUCUCUCUCUGAUCAGGUCUACUAGGUAUUUAUCUGGUCUUUCUGAUCAUUUAAGGGUUUUUUUUUUACCCUCUAGACCUUUGUGGUGGGAGUAUAUUAUCCCCAUUUUACUGAUGGGGAACUGAGGCCCAAGGAAGAUUAAGUAAUUUAUCUAAGGUCAGCCACAGAGUCAGUGGUAAAGCAUAAAAGAGAAGCUGCUAGAUUUCCUGUGUCCCACUCCUAGUUCUGUCUGCCAGCCCCACUUCCUCCCAGCCUUCCCCUUUAAGAUGCAGCAUCUUUCGAUUUAUUGGGCUGCUCUUGGAAAAGAGUGUUCUAAUGAGGUAUGUGCUACUCAGAAAAUUCAAAGCCAACAUAAACACACACACCUCCUGAAAGACAAUGCCUGCUUUCAUAGGCACAUACAACCAGGGCACUCAGGUACACACCACACACCCAAAUAACCCGUUGCACCCACUCUUGUGACAAAUGAACUCUCAGCCACAUGCACGUGUGUGCACACAUGCAUGCAGGCCGAGGUAUGUGCAAAAAGCCAAUGCGCAUCUAUCUCAGUGCUCCCCAGGAUUAAAAGAGAUUUGCCUUUGCAUGUAUGCUUCACAAUGUGAACACCGCAUGCACGUGAAACCAAAGUGAGUUGCCUAUUGGGAUGGCACCUCCAUCUAGUUUGUCACCCACAAAUCUUGGAGGGAUUUAGCAAGAGCAAGUGGGUGCUACAGGUAGGUAAACUGAGGCACAGGAAAGCUAAGCAACUUGCUUUAAGACUACUGGUAGGACCAAGACUAGAACUUAAGUUUGCUGGAACCCACUCAGCACCGUGUCUAGUGCCUGCUUGACCUACUGGGCAGCACUGCCUCCUACCUAUGCACCCACAUAAACAUUCUGCAAGCAGGCACUAAUCCCAAUGCAAUCAAAUUUCCCAGAGGGGAGGGGGUCCUCUCCUGAGCUGGGCAAUUAAAGAGUUAAACACGGAUGGUUUUGUUUGAAACCACCCUAAUCGGCUCCCAGUGAGGGCUCAUUAAAGAGGCCUUUGCCCCCUGCCCAGAGGAUUAAUAAUUCAGACCGUGGCUCCAGUGAGCUGGUAGGAGGGCAGCGCUCUCUCCCUCCCUGCCUCCUCCUCCUGUCUCUGCCUCUCCCCUCCCUACCUGCACGACUCACUUCUGCAGCAGGGAUGGAACUGCCUAACUCUGCUGGGUGACAGGGGAGCGGGCACAUUUGAGCAGAGCAGCGGGAGACUCCUUUGUGGGGCUCAAACAGGAGCCAUCUGGGCUGGAGCAGGGGGCUCCGGGGGACUGAGCAGCACAGUUCUCUCUUCCUGGUGAGUUCAGAGGAGAGAGGGAACGGGAGAGCUCCAGAGAAGGAGGACCUGGACUUGAAAGCUGGUUUCGGGAGCUGAGAGAGAAGAGACAGAGACAGAGCCCACCAGCACGAUGGACCCCAAGGAUCGCAAGAAGAUCCAGUUUUCAGUCCCUGCACCCCCCAGCCAGCUGGACCCACGGGCAGUGGAGAUGAUCCGACGACGGAGGCCCACGCCGGCCAUGCUCUUCCAGCUGUCGGAGCAUUCAUCCCCAGAAGAGGAGUCUUCCCCAUACCAGAGAGCCAUGGGUGAGGGCCACCUGCACAAAACGAAGAGAUCCAACCCAUGCACCUACACCCCUCCGUCUCUGAAAGCUGUGCAGCGCAUUGUGCAGUCCCACCUGGAAAACAGCAGUAACCUGCAAGAUGGUGACCAUGACAGCUCCGAUGGGGAGACUGAAGACAGCAAUCCACAUGACCCAGAGGAUGCCGAAAUUGAGGGCCCUGGCCUGUUUGACCUGGAGAGCAGCAAUGAUUCUGCCCCAGGAAACAAGACCAAGGCGUCAGAGCCACGUGUCUACCCAGCCAUCUCCAAGUCACACAAAAGAAAAGGUGGCCAGAAGGUGUCCUUUGCUGGGGGCGUAGAUGACCUUGGGGAUGGACUGAAACCGCUUGCUGAAUCUGAAAUACCUGAAGAUGCUGAAGGAGCAGGGACAGAGGACCAGGAACCAGAAAUGGAGCAGGACAAUCCUCCUGCAAGCGGACCUGCCAAAGAGCGAAGACAAGUUGGCUUUGUUGAGACAGCCCUACACCCUAUUAACAUGGAGAGCCACACUCCUUCCUCCCCUCUGGGUGGCACCAGUUAGUUCAGGAGGCAGGAGGAAGGUGGAGGGGGCCACCCCAGGGAUGGAGUGCUCUCAUCUUCCCAUGCCCCAGUCUGGAUUCUCUUUCCUUAAUGGCUGCAUUUCCUCCCUUUCCUCCCCCUUCUAUUCUCUUCUCUUUGAUUUCUCUGUCUCCUGCCAAUGGUUUGUCUCUAUUAAAUGAGUUUAGCACUGGCGAAUGACGCAAGCUUGGCAGAUGAUUGAAAGCCUCUGCAUGUCCACCUCUAGAUGAUAGCAAUGGAGAAGUCCUUGCUCUAUUGCAGUGUAUGCUAUCCCAGAUUGAGUGGCCACUGCAGGAUCUAUUUCCUGUUGUCCAUUUCCUAGUGCUUUGUCCAAUCUACCCGUAAGCGUGCCAAACAAUGAAGCUUCCACCCCUUCCCUGGGAGACAAUUGCAUGACCCCGUGCAGCAUGGAAGGCAGUAGUGCAAGCUUGUCAAUGUGCUUCAGCCCUAAAGGCAAAGCCUUCCUUUGAGAAGUUCAGUCUCUUUGGUCCAGUCAGUCCUUGGUCUCACCGACAGAGACCCACCAUGGCAGGGUGGGAGGUAACUUAUGCUGGUGACAGCACCCCAUGUGAUGGAGACGCCUGAAGCAGACCUGAGAUCCAUCGGCCUCCGAGCUGUUUUUUAACAUGACCUACCCUGGACUGUGAGAUCCCGGUCUAUACGGAGGUGCUUUGGGAUGCACUAAUGAGAACUCAUUCCCCACAGAGGGUCGUUGGUCUAGUCUUUAGUCCUGUUGGUUUGAAUAUUUCAUCAAAGCUUCUGAGGUUCUCUGAAGGAGCAAGAAAGGAGCACUGGAGUGAAGUCCAGCUCUGUGGGGCAAGGGGACACCCAGAGCUCACUGGAUGGGGCUGAACAGAAUAGAAAAUUUGUAGAACAUCCAUGUAUCUCCAGGACUUUCAGCAGAGCAGAGUAGGACUCCAGUGAUAUCACAAUAUCACAGAAGGGAGAAAGACCAGGAGGGACUAUUUUAAAAUGUGAAGCAGCAAUGAAAGGCAAGUUAAUUAUACUGCUGACCUGUUGGACCUCACUUGAUUAAAAGUGAGGUCAAACCAUGAUGUUGGUUGACAGCCCUGGAGACUUGAAAUCCUUGGGUUAGAUCUGCAGGGCAAAGUGGAAGUGCAAGCUUCUCCCACCAACGUGCCUCCAACCUAGAUCUGCAAAGGGCCCAGUCUCUAGUGAGGGAGAUGGGAGUGCAGUCUCCUUGGCCUCUCUGCUGGCAGCAGUGCCCCUAAAAGAAAGCCAAGCAGUGCCAACAAUGGGGAUUUUUUGGGGCAUGACCACUUCACAGAGGGCUACCAAACAGCUUAUAAUAGUCUUGAGCUGGAUUUGAACUGGCGACUUAAAGGGAAUGCUGCUGUGGAAAAUGCAAAUAGUUUUUGUUGUGGAAAAUGCAGAUAGUUCUUGUUUGCCAAAUCCCAAACUUGCCAAACACCUUUCUCCAUGGUUAUGUGGUCCCUACCGGGGGCUGUGAACAAGAGGCAGGUUCUUAAGCAUAGUUUAGCUGUCUCUUUCUUUCUCUCUCUCUCUAUAUAUACACCCUUUGAUCCUGUAUUGAGCAAUGCCUUUCUGUGCUCCAGAUCAGAUCUGCUGUAAUAAAGCUUUGUACA